AUGGACGUGCAACCGUCGGUGAGUGCAGAUGCGAAACUUGCAACAGCGCCGCCGGCAGCGAGGGGGCUGAUAGCCAAGAACGCCCGAAAGAGAGGCUUAGCAAGCCGAGCCGCCAGUGGAGGCGAGCAGAGCCGCUCCCCCCCUGCAUCCCCCCAAGAGACCAAAGAUAACUCGCCAAAAAUGGAGACCCGAGGCCUGGAGCGCCAGAGCAGAGCCCAGGAGGACCGCGGACCAACAAGCAGCAGGGAAACAGCAGGCCAGGACAAUGAAGCCACGAGGAACAGGAAAGGAGAGGAAUGA